UCGGUGCUUUCAACACGCAUCCGCGUAGAAACCACGGCCACAGAUUCGACUGAUGGCCAAAAGAAAUCAGUCGACUAACGGUUAGUAAAAGGGUAAAUCAAACGACCGCCGUAGCAGAUCCAAACAUCAAUUCUAAAUCCCCAGAAGAAAUUUGAAAAUAGUUCAACAAAGAGGUCUUGAAUUCAGUGUGAGUAGUACGGGAAAUCUCACCGACUCAUUCGCGGCAGCCAUCUUCUCGUAUUCCACCACGUCCGUCAAAAUUCUGUGGGAAAUGAACACAGCAGUAAUGGCGCGCGGGCAAUCGAGGGACGGCGCGGUUCGUCUGCUCUCCCCAGCGUGGUUUUAAAUACGACAGGGUGACACGAGCCGUAGCGCUCUCCCUCAUCUUCCCCGCGACUGCCGGCGGCGGGAGCUUCCGCCGGUCUACGAGUCAAGCUCAGGACCUGCCACCUGCUCGACGGAAUGCCGAAGAAGGCUGCGGCGAGCGACAAGGAUCCGUUCGACGAUCUACCUGACGACCUCCUCCGCCGUAUCCUGUACUUUUUGCCGGGGGAUGAUGCCCUGCAGACUUGUGUCCUCGGAACCAGAUGGCGCGACAUCUGGAGAGAUAGAACCAGGCUGAGCUUCCACUAUGAAGGCUGGAGUUCCCCUACCUUCGACCGUUACGAAAAGUUGGCGAAUCUCAUAAUCCACGUCCGGGGGAACUCACCUCUGACCUACUGCGAGAUCAAUCACUUUGAUGUGGUGGGUAAUCCUGGUACAUUCACAUGCACCAAGCAGUUGAUUGAGUACGUUCUAGAGUGCCAAGUUAAGUGGCUCAAAGUUCGUCCUGGACUUUAUCAUGGAGAGAGACUCCAACCCGAAAAGUAUGAUGAUGUGCCAUUACCACUUGAUGAUCGUCUCAUCUCCCAGUUCUUGAAGACCAUCGAAUUUCAAUAUGUUGAGUUCAAACACUCCUCGUUGGAUUUCUCGGACUGCCCAAAAUUACAGAUGCUAACAAUUAGGGAUUGCAGCAUUUACGUACGCAGGAUAGUUUCUGAAUCACUCAAGUAUCUGCAGAUCAUUGAUGGAUGUACCUUUCCUGAGCGAUCCCGCAUUCAAAUUUACACCCCCCGUCUUAUCUCACUGGACCUAGAUUGUAGUGAUGGUGGUUCUGACGGCUUGGCACCUUUGCUUGAAAAGAUGCCACUGCUACAAAGUGCAUUUGUUAUGAUUGGUUAUACGUGCCUUGAUUACUGUGAUUGUGAUGAACCUUCCUGUACUUGUUCUGAUGAGGAUUGUGUGCUUCUCAACGGGUUGUCCAAUGCUGUUCAUCUGCAAUUGACUGCUGAAUGGAAAAAGUCAAGGUUCACGUGGGAUUUGGCAUCGUGCCCCAUAUUUUCCAAAUUAAGAACUCUGCUACUCAAUGAGUGGUUUACGGCUAGUGACCUAGUUUGCAUUCUCCAACACUCUCCGGUUCUUAAGAGGCUCACUCUUACGAUUGAUAAUGCUGAGAAUUUUGUAGGAGCAACAGUACCCCAAGAAACAACAGAGCAACCAAUUUUGUGUGCGUCUCUUUUGGUUGUGGAGAUUGAAUGUCGUAAAAUUGAUCAAGGUGUUCGCGAAAUUUUGAAGAUCUUGAGUACUUCUGGCAUACUUUAUAAACAAAUUAGCAUCAAGGAACGGUGGAAAAAACACUGAGAUUCUUCAUCCAGUGAUAGCGACUAAGAUGUGAGAUUGGCCCAUAUGUUUGUGUCUGAAAACUACCAUUUGUCUGAAAAGUCUGCCAUGGUGGCCAAGUGUUGGUUGUUGUUAGAUUACAGUGCAAGCAGUUUCUUGUUCUCAUCUUUGGUCACUGCUAGAAAUCUAUUUCUGUUAGUUGUUUAGUGCACCUCGGCUAUAUGGGUUGCACUUUGUUGAAUUGGGAAUGGACGGAACGUUGAUAUGUUUUUAUUAAUGGAAGUUGGGAAGUGCGUUGUUAUGUUU